CUCGCGCCGCCCGCUUGGCUGCGGCGGCCGCGGCGCCUCAGGGAGUAGGUGACUGACGCGCGGACGCUGGGACCUACCGACGGCGGAGCGGACCCGCGGCGGGGAUGCCUGGCUUCAUUGUCCACCUGGGCCUGGCAAGUCUGGCUGGUUCCCUCCAUGCCCUGAGAGGUGGAGGUGCUGUCUUCCCCUCUGGGACCAGCUGUCUCCAGUCUUGGCCUGCCCUGCCCUGCUGGUCCAUUAAAAGCAGGGCUCACCAGGGAACAAUCUUCUCGGGUUGCCUGUAAUCUGAGUGAGCCAAGGACCAGAAGAGUGAGAGCAGCAAGAAUCUCACUCGGCAACCAUGUCAGUGGAACUGGAGACCUCAGAGGGGGUGGAUGAGUCGGAGAAAAAGAGCUUUGGGGCCUCAGAAAAAGAAAACCACACCAGGAUGGCUGACCUCUCCGAGCUCCUGAAGGAAGGGACCAAGGAAGCACAUGACCGGGCAGAAAACACCCAAUUUGUCAAGGACUUCUUGAAAGGCAACAUCAGGAAGGAGCUGUUUAAGCUGGCCACUACUGCACUUUACUUCACAUAUUCAGCCCUGGAGGAGGAGAUGGAACGCAACAAGGACCACCCAGCCUUUGCCCCCUUGUACUUCCCCACGGAGCUGCACCGGAAGGAGGCACUGACCAAGGACAUGGAGUAUUUCUUUGGCGAGAACUGGGAGGAGCAGGUGCAGUGCUCCCAGGCUGCCCAAAAGUACGUGGAGCGGAUCCACUAUGUGGGGCAGAAUGAGCCCGAGCUGCUGGUGGCGCAUGCAUACACCCGCUACAUGGGGGACCUUUCAGGGGGCCAGGUGCUGAAGAAGGUGGCCCAGCGGGCCCUGAAACUCCCCAGCACGGGAGAAGGGACCCAGUUCUAUAAGUUUGAGAACGUGGACAAUGCUCAACAGUUCAAGCAGCUCUACCGGGCCAGGAUGAAUGCCUUGGACCUGAACCUAAAGACCAAAGAGAAGAUCGUGGAGGAGGCCAACAAGGCCUUUGAGUACAACAUGCAGAUUUUCGAUGAACUGGACCAGGCUGGCUUCUUGUUGGCCAAAGAGACCCUGGAGGAUGGGCUCCCCAUGCACGAUGGGAAAGGAGAUGUGCGUAAAUGCCCCUACUACGCUGCUAAACAAGAUGGAGGUACCCUGGAGGGCAGCAGCUGCCCCUUCCGAACAGCCCUGGCUGUGCUGAGUAAGCCUAGCCUCCAGUUCAUUCUGGCCGCUGGUGCGGCCCUUGUUGCCGGCUUCUUGGCCUGGUACUACGUGUGAAGGACCCAUCAUACCGCCUUGGCGCCAUCCUCCCGAUUGACCACUGGCCCAUCCCCACCUGUGACUAAACUACCACCUCAGGUGACUUUUUUUUUUUAAAUGCUGGGUUUGAGAAAACAAGCAACCAAUAAAAGCCAGACGCUAAAGCC